AUGCCCGACGACAUCAAUUUUCAGGCGUUCGAUCCACACGCCGAGGAUAAACUCCAUCUUCGGCUGCAUCGGGCACGAUCCGUUGUCCUUACCUCCGAAGAGAGGAAUCAAAAAGCCCGUUCCUACCCCGAGUCUAGUUCUCACCACGUUGAUGCACUUCCUCCCCGCCUUUCUGUUGAGUUCAGUGUUAGAGCACAGCAGGCAUGUUGCCGUGUUUAG